CUCACUGUUUAUAAGCCUCAGUUAGAGUCGCGUAGUGCACUGCCGGUCAGUGAAGUGGUGUCUUUUCUGUGAGCGGUUUGGGACGCGAUGGAGGGAAUGACAGUCAUGUUUAGGAUGGCACUGUCCUCCAGCAAGCGAGCUAUGCUCAGGGGGUGGAAUCGACUGUCGCGGAAGACUUACAGCAAGGAAAGCCUGCCAAAAGCAUAUGGACAUUUUGUAUUUUUGUUACCAGUGGCACCCUUGCCCUGUCUGUUUUAUGAAGCAUAUGGGAAGAACCUCCUAUUCAGAGUGGUCCAUGCGAAAGAAAAAGAUGAGGAUAUCCUCGAACAAGCUGAUUACCUCUAUGGCACUGGAGAAACUGACAAACUUUAUAAAUUGCUAAUCCAGUACAAAGACAGUGAUAAUGCUGAAUUUCUAUGGCGUCUGGCACGCACCACAAGGGACUUGAGCCAGAUGAGUAAAACAGUUGCAGAAGACAAGAAGAAACUAACAUAUGAGGCAUUUGAAUAUACAAAAAAGGCACUGGAAGCCAAUGAAGCCUGUUUUGCAGCACAUAAGUGGUAUGCAAUUUGUAUUAGUGAUGUUGGUGACUAUGAAGGAGUCCGGAAAAAGAUUGGGAAUGCUUUUAUCGUGAAAGAUCAUUUGCUGAGAGCUAUUGAAUUGAAUCCAAAAGACGCUACAUCAAUCCACAUCCUUGGACUGUGGUGCUUUGCAUUUGCAGAACUGCCCUGGUAUCAACGUAAAAUUGCUGCUGUGCUUUUUGCAGCUCCUCCAACAUCUACAUUUGAAGAGGCCUUAGCCUAUUUCCUGAAAGCAGAGGAAGUUGACUCUAACUUUUACAGUAAAAACUUACUGAUGCUUGGGAAGUCCUAUAUGAUGCUGAAUAACAAAAAUGAAGCUCUGUUUUGGAUUAGUAAAGCAAAAGAUUAUCCAGCACACACUGAAGAGGAUAAGCAGGUUCAAACGGAAGCAGCUGAACUUCUGAAGAAACUCGGUGGUUAAAAGUGCUGAGCUGGCAAAGGCCCGCUGUGAACCCUGAAAGGUUCGGGUCGCGUGCCGCCCAUUUUACAAACCCAAGGCGUCCGCUCUCUGCUGUACUGCAGGGGUCCACGGGGGGCCCAGCUGACCGCCGCCCCGGUCCCGUAUAAACACUGCGUACUUCUACCCUUCUCUGACAUGACUGCGACUCUGUAAAGGAAAAAUACGAAAAUUAAACGUUCAGUCGUCACCUGA